AUGAAAUUCGAAAUUACAGAUCGAGCUAUUAAACAACUUAAUUUUAUAGCACAGCGUGAAAAAAGUAGGAAUAAUGCAUUAAGAAUAGCUGUUGAUUCUGGCGGGUGUCAUGGUUUUCAAUAUUUUUACGAUCUAAUGGAUUCGAAUGCUAUCAAAGAGGAUGAUGUUGUUUUUGAGAAAAAUGGUGCGAAAGUAAUAGUAGAUGCAAUCUCUUUAGGGAUGAUUAAAGGUUCAAAAUUAGAUUAUACUGAAGAAUUGAUCGGUUCGCAAUUUCAAGUUGUAGACAAUCCUCAAGCUGCAUCUGGUUGUGG